AUGGAUGUUCUAAUUUAUUUAUCAUAUCCAGAUGGAUUUUAUUAUAAACUCGUUGAUUCAUUAAAAACUUAUUACAAUGGUAAAGAUUCAGAAUUAAAAGUUCUUGAUGAAUUUGAGAAAGAAUACAAACCAGAUAGAGCUGUGUGGUGGUAUACACGCAACACAUUUCUCUAUAGUCUUUUAAAUUGUGCACUUCGUCAGCAUAAUAUUGAAGUGAUGUUUCUCUUUGGUUUCUUUGUACAAGAUUUGUAUAAGCAAUUACAAGAAGAACAUGAAAAGUUUAAAUUAGUACACUUAACAGAACCGAUAAUGACUCUCUAUCGUGGACAGAUAAUGUCACGCAAAGAAAUUAAUGAACUCAAUAGUGAUUUCAAUAUUAUAAAUAAUAGCUUACUUUCCACUUCUUCAGAUCGUCAAUUAGCACUAUUUUUUCUUCCUGAACCUAAUCAAAUGGAAGAUAGUAGUCAUGAACGUGUUCUAUUUGAGAUUGAAAUUAAUAUUCAUCAACAAUCACGUCCUUAUGCCGAUAUUUCAAAUUUGAGUCAAUUUUCAGGCGAAUUAGAAAUUUUAUUUAUGAUUGGAACAGCAUUUAAAAUAGUAAGACAAAAUGGUGUCAGUUACGACGAAAAUGAAAAAUUAUGGACUGUGAAAUUACAACUAACACGAGAUGAAUUUUUAGUAGAUGAUAGAGUCUUUCGAAGUUUGACGUGUACUAGUCAGCGAUUAAAAAAAUGUCUAACUACCUUGUCUGAUAGUUUGCAGUUUGCAUCGAUCGAAGAUAUAAACUUAAUUUUCGAUAUUUUUUGCGAUUUAUAUCCACAAGAGGAAAAAUGGAUUAAUGCACUUCGAUUUCAUUGUAUCGGUCGAUAUCAGUUUUGGCCUGAAGAGAAUACUACAGCAGCAUUAUCUUAUUAUAAUAAAGCAUUACAGAUUUGGAACAACGAGUCAAACUACUGUUCAAUUAACAUUGGACAAAUUCAUCAUGACAAUGCUUUUUGUUACUCACAGGAUGCAAUUAGAAAUUCAAGUAUGUCCUUAAAAUGGUUUAAGUUGGCUAUAGAAUCUUACAUCAAAGCAAUUGAAGAAACAACAACAGAAAUUGAACAAAUAGACAUCUAUGAAAAAUUGUCUGAACUCUACAUGAACAUUGAUGAUAAUCUAAAAUCGAUACAAUACAAAGAAUUACAAGUUCAACUUACAUUGAAAUACUAUUCAUCAAUUGAUGAUGAAAAAUGUGCUAUUAGUCUCAAUUCUUUAGCUUUUCUAUAUGAAAAAAUUAAAAGAUAUGAUAAUGCUUUAACUAAUUAUGAAAAAGCUCUAAAAAUUCUUUUAGAGUCAAUCGCCAAUCAUAGUUCGUGGUGGAUUAUUACCAUUUGUAACAAUUUAAUUAAGGUCUACAAGGAACAAAGAAAUGAUUAUAAUUCGGCAUUAAAGUAUGAAUUGAUCAAACAUAAAUAUAUAUUGUGA